UUUGCUACCCACCCCUCCCCAAAACCUCCCUCUCCCUCUCUCUCUCCUUCAGAGGUAUUUAUCGCCGGAUCUGUUCCUCUCCCUAUAAAAGGCCCAUUUGUUUGGAAUUUUUCCGCCUACGUCACCACUUACCCACCAUUUCCCGCCCAAAUCCGUCCGUCUCCGACCUCCAAUCGCCCGAGCUGAGAGGAUUUGCGGCGUCGCCGGCGGAUUUUAUGUCGAAUUGGGUCAGAUCGUGAGAUCAUUAUGUCUCCUUCGUUCCUGCUACGGUUUGAUCAUAUUUUCUGCUUCCAGUCCCCGGAGUGACCCGGCAAAUUAAUAGAUCGUGCUGAUCCUUUUAUAUUUGUCGGCUGCGUAUUAGAUUUCCGCUAUUUGGCCUGUUGUUGAUUUGGAGGAGCAAAUAUUUGGUGAUUUCUGUGUGUCGGUGGAAUAUUUUUCAAGAUCGGUCCUUUAUAGAUCGAGUAAGGUCAUUUGAGGAGAUUGGAAAUAUAAAGGUGCGAUUUUGAAGAGCGUUGAUUGGGUUGAGGAGAAGCGAAGCUAUAUAUAUUCUAGAACGUUGGUGUUGAUUGAUUAUUUAGGAGGAAGAUUUGGAAAGUGGAGCAUGGCUGAUCAGGGCCUGGAAGGGAGCCAACCGGUCGAUCUCUCCAAGCACCCUUCUGGCAUUGUUCCCACGCUUCAGAAUAUUGUUUCAACUGUUAAUUUGGACUGCAAGUUGGAUCUUAAAGCAAUUGCUCUACAAGCUCGUAAUGCUGAGUACAACCCCAAGCGUUUUGCCGCGGUUAUUAUGAGAAUAAGAGAGCCAAAAACUACUGCAUUAAUAUUUGCAUCAGGAAAAAUGGUCUGUACUGGAGCGAAGAGUGAGCACCAAUCCAAACUUGCAGCAAGGAAGUACGCCCGAAUAAUUCAAAAGCUUGGUUUUCCUGCUAAAUUUAAGGAUUUCAAGAUUCAGAAUAUUGUCGGUUCAUGUGAUGUCAAAUUUCCAAUAAGACUUGAGGGCCUUGCAUAUUCUCACGGUGCCUUUUGCAGUUAUGAACCAGAGCUCUUCCCUGGUCUGAUCUACCGGAUGAAGCAGCCAAAGAUUGUGCUCCUCAUAUUUGUCUCAGGAAAAAUUGUUAUUACUGGAGCUAAGGUGAGAGAUGAGACAUAUACAGCAUUUGAGAACAUAUAUCCAGUUCUAACUGAGUUCAGGAAAAGCCAGCAAUGAUAAUAUCAACAAGCCUGACAGUUCUUUCACCUAUGCUUUUAAAUAUCUGCAUGCAAUUUCCAUCAGACUGGUGCUAAUAUCCUGGAGUCAGAUCUGUGCAAAUGGAAGACAUCCUUGGGGCGACACGAGCGAGGGAGCUAAGUUAAUACCUGUACUGUGAGUUGUUCUUCGAGACUGUACAUCCUGUCGAAGAGUUGUAUGAGAAAACUGCUUGUUUUAAGAUUUCAAGAUAUGAAUAAGAACAUGUCAUUAACAGUUUCC